AGGGAAGGAAGAGAAAGGAUAGAAAGGGAGUGGAGCUGGCACCUACGGUGGCCGAAGAGGGACGCGCCGAGCCGGAGGCUGCAGGAUGAUGCGAUUCAUGCUGCUGUUCAGCCGUCAGGGAAAGCUGCGGCUGCAAAAAUGGUACCUGGCCACGUCAGAUAAGGAACGGAAGAAGAUGGUUCGGGAGCUUAUGCAGGUUGUUCUGGCUCGAAAACCCAAGAUGUGCAGCUUCCUGGAGUGGAGGGACCUCAAAGUUGUCUAUAAGAGAUAUGCCAGCCUCUAUUUCUGCUGCGCCAUUGAGGGCCAAGACAAUGAGCUCAUCACGCUGGAGCUGAUCCAUCGGUAUGUGGAGCUCCUGGACAAAUACUUCGGCAGCGUGUGCGAACUGGACAUCAUCUUCAACUUUGAGAAGGCCUACUUCAUCCUGGAUGAGUUUUUGAUGGGAGGGGACGUCCAGGACACCUCUAAGAAGAGUGUGCUGAAGGCUAUUGAGCAGGCAGACCUGCUGCAGGAGGAGGAUGAGUCGCCACGCAGUGUGCUGGAGGAGAUGGGUCUGGCAUAGCCCCUGCCGGCCGGGCCCCGUGGAGCUAGGGGAGCUGGUGGAGAGGCAGGGCAUGGUGGCUGCUUCUCCUGCGUCCCUCAGGGCCCUUCUCUUGGUGGGACCCAGUUGCCCCUCCUCUGCCACCUCACCUUCUUUGGAGGGAGCCGUGGGCUCCGGCCCUUCAAACAUUCCCUUCCUCCACCCUCCCUUUCCCACUGAAGGCUUUCGGAGCUAGGAGGCAGGAAAAUGUGACCAAGUUGGGGUGCUAUUUGGCUGUUAUUCCCUGCCUUUGAAGAACCAAUGUCACCCAGAAAUCCUCCCCCCACUUACCACUGUAAAUAUAUAAAUAUGUCAGGUUAAAGGGAAAAGGUUUUCAGGGCUCUUCUCUCCCCUCUGCCCCAAAACCUACCUCCACCCUCCCCCUAGCCAGUCAGGGCAGCUUCUCUGCCUGGGAGGGGGCCUUUUCCCUCACCUGCCCCCACUUCCUCCUUGGCUUUAGUGGGGCCCCUGUCCAGCACCAGGGCAGGAACUACUUAGUUAAUUUUUUUCUAACCUUGCCACUUUGAGGGAAGGAAGGGCUGGGGGAAGGGCAAGCUUUCUGGGACACUGGCCCUGUGCCUCCUCCAUUCUGUUCUGGGUGAGGCAAGAGCUAAGCGGGACGGGUGGGCAAGUGUCCACCUUUAUUUCCUUUCUUCUGAAAUAAAAGGAAAAAGUGUUUCUGGA